AUGAGCUUUUUCGGAUUUGACACCACCUUGCCAAAGAAUGACGGACAUGCAAGCAAUGCUGGUAUUGAAGAGGAAGGCUAUUCACGUAUAGAUGAACUUAUGGAAGAAAAGCUCAAGUUUGGUGAUGAGCAACCUGACUUGGAUGGUGAACUCGGCGAUGAUGUGGACGCAUCUAUGGAUGCAGAGACAUUUGGAGACACUGAAAUUGGCAAAGAUUUCGAUUUUACUGCUGGGAAUUCCUUCUUUAAUGAGACCAGUGCAGAUCUGGCAAGACCGACACCUGGUAGAACUAGUAAUGAGUCGCCGAGGAGGCCAGCUCCAUCAGACGCUCCCGUGGAGAGCAAAGAUCAACCUGUACCUUCUGUGCGACCGUUUAUGCCGAUACAACAGACAUCACAUAAUGCCCCUCAACAGCCACCUCAGCAGCCUUCUAGUCAACCAGCAGCUAAUAAAUUCAUGUCGAUGGAAGAACUGGAAUCACGUAUGCAACAACAGCAGCAAGGACGACCUGCUCCUGCUCGACCGUCGCUGUCGCUAGCUGAAAUAGAAGCGCAAAUGAUGUCUCAGAACAUUACUUCAUAUAGACCGCCGCACAUGAACAGUAGUAAUAACAGUAUGCCUCCGAUGGGAGCUAUGAUGCAAGAUCCACGUCGGCCAAUGUCCAUUGAACAAGUUGAGGCAGCGUUACGAAAUGGUCAGGUGCCAUCACAGAGUAUGAGACCACCAUCACAACAACAAUCACAGCAACAGCAGGUGAUGACGGUAGAAGAGAUUGAAGCAAGAAUGAGGUCAGCUGCUGGUGGCGGUCGGCCAAAUAUGAAUAUACCUCGUGGUAUGCCGAUUCAAGGUAUGCCAAUGAUGCCUGGAAUGGCACCUGGCAUGAUGCCUCAAAGGUUUAUGACGGCGCCGGAUGGACGACCAAUAAUAGGGCCCGAUGGGCGACCAAUACCAAUGAGUAUUGGAGAUGGAAGGCCUAUGAUGAAUGUAGGACCAGAUCUACGACCGAUGCCAAUGCAUAUAGGUCCAGAUGGAAGACCAAUGCCAUUUCCACCUAACGGUCAACCUCCAUUCAUACCUGGUCCGAAUAUGAGGCCUCCCGUACCACCAGUUCUAGAAGUUGAAGGUGUUUUACGAGCCUUGGCUUCAUCAAAUCUACCCCCAAAUCCUCGAGAACUUGAUAUUCUUCUCGCUUCACAACGAUAUAUAGAUCCUACACCCGCUGAAGACGAUGUAGCUAGAAGAGCUCGUGCUAUUUUGAACCGACUUCCGCCAGGAAUGCUGGAUGCAUUCUUCCGCCCACCACCACAGCAUUUUAAUAACAUGAGAGGUGGGGGUCCCCCUCAAUUACAACAACGCCCACAACAGCAGCACGGUCCAAAUGGUUUCCAGCAGCGACCUCAGUAUCGUCCUUAUAGGGAUGAAAGAACACGAGAGGAGAGAUACAACAAUCUGAUGACUCAGUAUGAGAAGGAAACGAUUGCCAAGAUACAGAUAUCACAACUCGUGACUGAAAGUCCAUAUGAGGACGAUUUCUACUAUCAAGUAUUCCGAGACUUGUUGUCUGAAAAGCAAGCUAUGCGAGAUGUCGAACAAAGUCCCAAAGACGUUACAGCUUGGCAACAAGCCUUGUUGAUGAAACAAUCAAGUGCUGGAACGGGUGUUUUGUCUCAGGAAAUGCAGUCGCAAAUGAAGAGGCUGAUUGAAAGCAGAAAACAAAAGUCUAAAGCAACGACUUUUGAGCGUGAAGGAGCCUUGGGAAAGAUCUCUGUAACAUCAGUUCGACAACCAAGACAAGCGUUACAAGUUCAAGGUUCCUUGGUCAAUUUACAUAAAUCUUCUGAACCAAACAGGUCCGCAACUCUGUCGCGUCGUCGAGUGUUACUCGAGGUAGAACGUAUAUAUACUGUAGUACUCAAACUGGAGCAAUUGCAACGAGAGGAUCAAGACAAUCCUGUAUGGGAAGAGGAUUUUAAAGAUGCUGUAGAAGAAUUGUGGCUGGUAUUGGGAUGUUCGGAACCUGUCGAUGUCAGCUUGCCUCAUCCAUUUGUAUCAUAUCUAUCAGUCACUAAGGGCAAACGAAUUCUGCCAAGAGUCAUGAGAUUCUUGUCACCCGAUCAGAUUCUAACUCUGGUUGGUACCUUGUUGGUCCGAGCUGAGAGUGUGGAUGUGUUUUCCGUUCCAUUGGGAACUGCCAGUGAUGCGGUCACGGUGUUUAUGAAUGAGAGUAUUCCAGCUAUAAUGAACUUUGUAUUGCAAAUAUCUUUACCGGUUCUGAAUGCCUUGGUACGGUCCAUGUUGGAACGACAUACCGUAACUUGGAUUGUUGGGUCAAGAGUAGGAUUGGCCUUUUUGACCAUGUUCCUCAGUCGAGCUGAAAUGCUCAAACAAGAACAGGCGUCAGAAGCUGAUACAGCCAACUGGACUGAAUUGUACAAUUAUACCUUUGGAUCACUUGUAUCUCGAUUUGCAUCCCUCUUCCCGCCAUCAUCGACUGACAAGGCAACAGAGCAAGCUGAAGAUGAGGAUUGUGUGUGGCAGUUUCUAGCUUCGUUAGCUGUAGCUGCCGCCACAACAGACCAUCAACGACAACUAGUAACAGAAGUUCGUGAUAAAGUGAGAGAAGCGGCUGGAGGGGAACAUGAAGCUAGUGUGGAUAUGUUUUUGAGUGCACUUGGGUUGGGCGUUACCGCCACUCAAUUGGCAGCAAUGGGUUGA